ACUCACAAGAUCACUCAUGAACAAUUUUCCAAUGCAAACCACCAAAAUCAGCCCCAUCAUUUUCUCGAAUUCGCCUGGCAUGUGCCGGGUUGAAUCCUUCCGGCUCACCGAUAAAUGGGAAGACAAUUACGGGAGUGGUGGUGAUCGCCAUAAUAUUGAAUACUGGCAUGCUAGACGUGCGUUUUUGAACAGCUUCCAUUUUACGGAAGAUGAUGGGUUUCAGGACAAGCUGAAGAGGUCUGUGAAGCAGUUUAAUGAAGUGGCAACCGACGCCAUGGUGGACUUCCGGCGAGAAUUGUCCAAGAGAAGGUUUAAGGAUAAGUUGCAGAGGUCUUUCAAGGAGGUUAACGAAGUUGUAAUGAACGUUGCUGUGGAUUUCCGCCGAGAAUUGUCUAGGAGAAGGCUCACAACCAAGGCUUUCAAAUUCAAGUUGAAGUUGUCGUCUUUGGUUUUUGCAAUCUUCGGAUGCUUUACGCCGUGGUUGAAAAAGAAGGAAUUCAUAGAGCCUUGAAACAAUUAAAAGGGAAUUGGAUUGCGUCUUUGGUUUAUGUGACCUAUUGUAUUCUCAAAACUAUACGUACUCCAGGGAUAUUUGGACUUUGUUUGUAUUUCAAAACUCAUACGGUUAUAAUGUCACAACAUUCCAGCUCAAUCCCAAUCUUAACUGUGACCAGAUUUUCAGCGGUGAAUGGCUCUGUGUGAAUGGUUUCUGAAUUAAGUUCCAUUGAAGAUGGAGCGGAGGAAACUGAAGUAUGCAAAAAUGCUUGAGUAAAACGUUAUGACAAUGCCUUUGCAAUGUUGUUGUGGUUAAUUUCGUACUUAGCUGUUCCAUGUUUUGGAUAUGACAUGCAUCUUCAUCUUGUGAAAGAAAUGAUCAAUAAAAUUUCAUUUACUAA